AUGGAUCCCUCACAAGUCAAAAUUCCGCCGUUGAUGGACUUGACCAUUGAUAAUAUCACUGAAAAUGUCAACCUGAUCAACUCGGCCAACCCAGAUCCGCGGUUCAAGUAUGUUUUGGAGCGGCUGGUGGUGCAUCUGCACGACUUUGCGCGGGAAACGAGGCUGAGCUCGCAGGAAUGGAUGGCGGGCAUACAGUUUUUGACCAAAACGGGUCAAAUUUGUAGCGAUGUUCGGCAGGAAUUUAUUCUGCUCUCCGACAUCCUGGGCCUUUCACUUCUUGUGGACAGCAUUGACCAUCCCAAACCCCCCAAUAGCACCGAGGGGACGGUGCUUGGUCCUUUCCACACGCACGAUGCCCACACACUAGAGAAUGGGGCGGUUAUAUCCCACGAUCAGAAUGGCGAACCUCUCCUCGUUCUCUGCACCGUCAAAGACAUCAACGGCAAGCCCAUCGAAGGUGUCAAGAUUGACAUUUGGGAGACCGAUUCCUCGGGCCACUACGAUGUCCAGCAUGCAGACCGCACGGAACCAGACGGUCGGUGUAUCAUGACGAGUGACGACCAGGGUGUCUUUUGGUUCAAAGCCAUCGUUCCUGUUCCUUAUCCAAUCCCGCAUGACGGACCGGUCGGACAGUUGCUGAAGAUAUUGAAGCGCCACCCCAUGAGGCCGGCACACAUGCAUUUCAUGUUCGAGAAGGAGGGCUACGACCAUUUGAUUACGGCAUUGUAUCUUAGGGGCGACCCAUACGAAACGUCAGAUGCUGUCUUUGGAGUCAAAAACUCGCUCGUGGUCGACCUAGGUAAAGUCGAUAAAGCCACCGCGGAGAAAUACGGGGUGGACGAAGGCAUUGCACUGCUCACUCACGAUUUCGUGCUCGUCACAGAUGAAGAAAGCAGGGAGCUUCGAGAAGAGAACUCUAGAAAGGCUCUGGAAAAGCUGGGGAGACGAGUCAAGAUUGUUCAGGGGUUGCCGGUUCCUGACGUCGACUGA